CGCUGUGUACCUGAGGCGCCGGGUUCGCGCGCCCGUGCGCGGCUGCUCGGGCCCCUUAGGGGCCAUGAAGCGCAGGGGUCGCGAGGAGGAGGAGGCCUGCGGCGUGUGGCUGGACGCGGCGGCGCUGAAGCGGAGGAAAGUGCAGACACAUUUAAUCACAUCAAACACCAAACUGCUAACACUCUUUCCUGGAGAGAGAACUAAAAUUCCUUUUUCUCAAAGAAGAAUUCCACCUGUAGGUGUUCGGCAGACCAGCAUUGCUUCCUUCUUCACAUUGCAGCCAGGAAAGACAAACAGUGGUGACAAGAGAAAUGUUUCAUCUCUUAGAGAGAAUCAAACUAACCAAGAGUCUAAAGAAGAUGUAAUCCAACUAGAUCAUCCAGUCCAGGUCACAGAGAAUGAUUGCAUUACACCCCCUUUAGCCACUUCAACCCCUAUAGACAUCCAGGAAGUUGAGCUUUCUCACUGCUUCCAGGAUGGCUGUCACAGAACAGAAACCCGAGUUUUGACUGUACCACCUGCACUGCAGCCUGACACCUUAGUCUGUGAUGGAGAUAGUAAAGCCUCACUGGCUUGUCCAGUCAUUCGUGAUUUGGAAACUUCUUCCUUGCUGAACCAAGGGGAGAAAGAGGAUUCUUCCUGGAAGAGGAAAUGGCUUCAUGGAUCUAAGAAAAAUAACUAUCAGGGUGUUGAGAGAGACGUGAGACCUCUUGGGGGUAAAAGCCAACAUCCUUUGGAUAGAAUUAAAUCGGGAAGAUUGUCUGCCAAAGAAAAUAGGCAGGCUCCUAUCCUUCAAACAUACAAGGAUUCCUGGAGUGGAGAAAACACAGAAUCAGUGAAACAAAGCCCUGGUCCUGAUCCUGUAUUUUCCUGGGACAUUGGAAAGAAUGAAGACUCUUGGAGUCAGCUUUUCACUGCAGAUUCUCAGGGCCAGCAGGUCAUUGCUCACAAUUGUAGAUCUCCUUUCCGAGAGGUCACUAACAAAAGAAAUCAGGACUUAGAACGGUUUUCUAAUAACUCUCAGGCUAAGUGCCAGGAUAGGGCCAUGCAAUUAAGCCUGCAAUCCGAUUUGCUUUUUACCCAGGAUUCCGAAGGUAAUAAGCUCAAGCUUUCACAAGACUGUUGCAGAAGAUUUCUAAUUGAGAGGCAGAAACAUCUGUAG